AGCUUCGUACAUCGUAUUCCGUCGCGCAAACCAAGAGCUAUCCAACCACAAGACCACAGCGAAGGCGUCAAUGUCAGCGGCAGCUGCACCUCUCGAGCGGCGUCUGCUCCAACUGGCGAAGCGCUACGACGCUAUUGAGGCCGGGCUCGAACAGCUUCAGCAACGAGUGCAGCACGCAAAUCACAAUCGUCACGUCAGACCCGCCGCGGCGGCAGCGAGCGCGAGCACGCCCGCCAAGCACGCCGCUGAUCUCUCGAAGCUGCAGCCCGACCCAAAGGACCCACUGGAGGUGGCGAAGCUAAGAAGGUACUGUUUGGAGCACGGCCUGCACUCUGCUGUCUUCCAGUGGGUGCCGUCGAACUACUACCAAGAGAAUCUGCAGUGGCGCCGCGAUGCGCUGCACGCGCCGAGCAUCCAGCACCUCUGCAAGACCAUCCUGAUGGAGAAUACGCAUUGUACCAACACGGACUGCUCCGAUCGAACGAACUCCCGCUACUACCUCGUCGUGUAUCAGUACGUGGAUCGCUUCAACUCGGACAUGGUCAGCCGCGCGGUGCACGCGCUGAACCCGGGCGUGGGGAAGAAGAAGUUCAACUUCCGUCUGGCCGACCCGGUGGAGGCGGAGAAGCUGACGGGUGUGCGGAGCGGGGCGGUGGCGCCCUUCGGCUCUGCGACUUCGAUCCCCGUGAUUCUGAGCUCCGGCAUUGCACGGCUCGCCCCGCCGCACCUUUACGUGGGCGGCGGGCACGUGGACUGCAAGUGCCGCAUCGACGUGGAGGAGUUCGUGCGGGUGCUGAAUCCGAUUGUCGCCGCUGUCACGGUGCCGCUGACGGAGGAGGAGUUGCUGCAGAUUGCUGAUUAA